AUGCGGGGUUGCGGUGGCUUCAGACAGCCGACCGUGAGGGUUUUGGUUCUCGUCUACGGCGUCGACACCGGAAAUUUCCCCCCCCUUGCCGCGUCUGCCGUUGAUGCAAUUUCCAAGCACUCAGAAGCGACCGACCUUCUGACCUUCUCCUCUGAGGUUCAAUUAAUGGACGUCGUGGCCAAAGUCAGCUUCGCUGCAGUUCAAGUCCAGCAGAUCUUCCUGUGGCAUCGGCUUGAGGCGAACAGCGCCCGAGUCGGUCCAAAGCUGGCGAAUGGCCCGUCGGGAAUCGAUUUUGAAAUGAUGAUGUGA